GACUGCUAAUAAAAGAAAAAAGUAAUACUUGGUUUGACCACAGUGGGGUCUUGGCAGCUAGAAAUGUAAUUUGACCGCAAAGUGUGUUAAGUUCCGGAGUAAUAGAUGUGGUGCUAGGUACAGAAAAGAUUUCCCAAUGUCUGGGCUUGAGACAAGGAAAAAAAGAAAAAGAGAGAACGAGCGAAAGAAAGGAUUGAAAAGAGAGAAGGUCAUUUAUCUACAAGAGAGUGCAGUAGUCAAACAGGCUUCGUUCAACGUUCACGGUAGUGGUAGGCUCAGUUAAAUCCCCUAUUAUACCGUGAUAGCCGAUGAGACCGCAAUUCGUGGGUUCUAAAGCCGAGAAUCCGCUACCUGUGGUUGUCGCCGCCUAGUUUAACUAGUUAGUCUUUUGACCAGCUCUUUACAAACCUAUAAGAACGAUCUCUCUACUGUCUUCUCGUAAACCACCACAAACAUCAUUACCACCCCGAAUCCCAGCACCACAACCAGCACCACAAUCAUGGACAACGAGCACUCCCACAUUGAACCAGUCGUGACACGCUACCGCGCAGGCUGGUCCAAUCUCCACCCUAUGCCCUUAGUCACGCGGCCCUUGGAUCCCAUGUCCCCCGAGCUCGCCGCCUUUGAAGUGCUCCGCCCACGCAUCGCCGCCAUUCUGGAUGACUGCGGCAUGAAGUACCGAGGUUUCAGCCUCAAAAAAGGGAAGGUGUACAGAAUGCUCGGCGCGCCAAUAGAUUUGCUCUCCGUCGAUGCCCAGGACACCACGACAAACAACGACCGCUGGUCCCGCGCCAUCGCGCGCAUUGUCGCAUUCACGACGUAUAGGUACGUCGUCGAGAUCAUGAACUGGGGAUACGCGCAGAACAGUCCGUGGCCAGUCCUGCACCACGAAAGCGACAUCCUCGAGGCGUGGGACGCGGUCGCACCGAAGAUCAUCCAUGAGCUCGACGUCGCCAGGUGGCAAUGGACGGCGCUCUCGCUCGUGCUCAUGGGCCCGGAACACGCAGUUACGGUGCUGAUCGAGAUAAUCGGCGCGGCGGAUACGUUGGCCUUCCGACUUGGGUUACGGAGUUGCCUGCAGGGCCCCAUCGAGGACAUUGACAUUUGGGAAAGCCAGUGUUUGCGCCCCCCUCCUCGGCUCGAUGGCUCAAAGCUGCCGACGCGGUUGGGCUUUGGCCAAGAUCGCUUGCGGAUUGGCGACUCGCUCAGCGGCUGUACACUGGAUAGGGAGGUCGGCACCCUUGGCGGAUUUCUGACAAUGAGGGACCCGAGAAGAGGAUUGGCGCGUGUUAACUAUGCACUGACAAGCUUUCACACUGUCUCUCAUGAGCUGCACGCCGAUGUCCUCAAGCCUUUGGACUGUCCAAAUCCGCCUGAACAUCUCAUCUACCAGGAGCCAGCUCCAUGUGACAUAAAGGAUAUGGAGCGAGCCAGGUUAGCCGAAAUACACGACAUGUAUAUUUACCAGCAUGUUGUUAAAGACGAGUGGGGGCAAAGUGUCGCGCAAAAAGCUGAAUCUGGCGACGAGAAAGCUAAUAGUAUGCUGUUUAAAGGCGAGCUCUCCAUUCGAAGAGCUGAGGAUUCCCACAGAAACUUAAGCGGGAGGAACUGCCGUGUGGGCAAUUUGCGUGCCGCGAGCGGUUACAAGUUUGUGGAGGAGGGCAGCUCCAAGGUCGCGCUAGACUGGGCUUUGGUGACGGUGGAACGGGACUUCGACACCUUCCUACCCACCGAUAUCGAGCAACCGAAACAUAUUAGGCACCACCCGCAGGUUCGAUCAUUCUCCCUGAAGCCGGUUGCGUCCUGGAAGCCAGUUCAACCCGAAAACAAGCCUUAUGCAGAAAGGGUUAUCAAAGUCGGACGCGCCUCUGGCUGGACCGAAGGCCUUAUAAACGCUGCCCGCUCAUUUGUCAAACACGACGAGAAGUGGCCGCCAUCCGGUCCAAGUGUCGAAGCAGUGAGGAUUGAGAAUCCCCACAAGUUGCAUAGGGAACUCUUCGUAGAGCCUGGCGAUUCCGGUUCUUGGGUUUUGGAUAAGAGCUCGGGCUCUUGGAUCGGACUUCUGCUUGGAGGACAUCCCGUGUACGGAUAGGGGUACAUGACGCCAGCAGAGAUUGUCAUCCGAUCGAUCGAGGAAACCACGGGCUGCGAGCUUCUGCUCCCAUCAAGGUGGAGGCCUCAGGGUCCGAGGCCGCUUCCUCGCCCCCAGUAGGAGGCCAGUCCGGUAUGCCGCAGUUACGAAUUCUGGGAGCCGUGGCGGGCAUAGGUGAGAGUUUAUGGAGAAAGAGUAUGAGAGAAUAAGAAUCCGAUGGGAUUGGACGGUCUGAGACAUUCUGGCACCUUGACAACGUAGCGUACGUAGGUUGACGGCUUAAUCGUCAAUUAGCGAGAAGGCGAAUAACAGAGAAAUUACCACGCAUCCAGAACAUGUGACAGCAUUCGAAAAGCCCCAUGCGUGAUCAACAAAGCAAAGGUGCUGCUAUCGCUGUUGGCAGGCUGCGACCAAGCAUGAUGCUUCAUCGUCGGAGACAUGGGAAGAUGAAGCGGGCUGGUCGUUGAAGUUUCG